AUGUACGUCGGACGGACCACAGCGCACCCUUGGACCGGAGAUGUGUUGUCCGUCCCUCCCCAGCCAUUCGGUAUCUUGUGUCGCUGGUUUUUGGAUCCGUUCUUUCCGAAACGUAUACAUUGUCAUCAUCAUCACAACCAACACACGACCAAACACUAUCACUACUUCUACAACUACCAGAAAACGUGUAUCGCCCUGCAUGACGCUCCCUACCGUCUAUUUGCUUUCGGGGACGGAAGACGGCAGUGCGUUUGCUCAAGAAGUUUGUUUAAUACUCGCCGCGCGAUUCGACAUGCCCAACGUGCAAAUCCGCUCCGCCUCGGUACCUUUCGAUCGACUCCUCCCUGCAUCCUCAGGUCCACAACAACAACAACAACAAAGCAGCAGCAGCUUCCGUUGAGAUACAGCAGUAGUGACACUGCCGAUGAGGACGGCACCGGAAAUCCGACGACUCCAUCAUGCCUCUUUGUCUGUCUCGGACCACCGACGGCGACCACUUCCACUCUGGAAGCCGAAUCGCCCUUUCCCAUUAUUACGCUGCCCACGCCCAGUACUGGGAAUGACGUGACUACACCAUCCGCGGCACUCACUGCCGCACUCUCUAUUGCCAAAUGCUGCAGUCUGGCCGACGCCGCCCUCCGACAAACGGUGGCCCGGGUCAUCUUUCGUACACGCCAAGCCCGUCUGGUCCAGGACGCGCAGUGGCGUACACAGUCAUCACGGUACCAAUCCCGCAUUGCCGGCUGCUUUGAUCGGAACCAACAAAUUACCGGGGACCUGGUGACUACCACCGGUCGCUUGCGGGGCAAGGUACGCGAUCGGUAUCCCGGAACGAAAAGCUUGGCCCUCGUCACCACCGAUCGACAGUCCGGCUUUGAUCGGAUGCUGGCCCGAGUGCCCUACAAGGGCGCCGUCCUCAAUUUGACCAGCGCUUUCUGGUUCGAACAAACCGCUCACAUCAUACCUAAUCAUCUCGUUUCCGUGCCACACCCUUACGUAAGCGUUGUGAAACCCUGUCAACCCUUUCCAAUCGAGUUUGUCGUCCGCUCGUACAUGACGGGUUCCACGUCCACAUCCAUUUGGAGAAACUACCAGGAAGGGGUACGGUCCUAUUGCGGACACGAUCUUCCCGACGGCAUGACGAAGAACCAAAAGCUGGAGUGCAACAUUCUGACACCUACCACGAAAGAAGAAGACCACGAUCGACCCAUCUCACUGGUCGAUAUUGUCGCCGAAAACUGGAUGACGCAGUCGGAUUUGGACGUCUGCGCCGCUGCGGCACUAAAAGUGUUCGCGCUCGGCCAACAGGUUGCCGCUGCUCACGGUCUCAUCCUGGUCGAUACCAAAUACGAAUUCGGUAAGGACGAACACACGGGUGAAAUCUUACUAAUCGACGAAGUGCACACACCCGAUUCGUCCCGCUACUGGUUGGCGAGCACGUACGAGGAGCGCAUCGCUGCCGGAGAAGAACCCGACAAUAUCGAUAAGGAAUUCUUGCGUCUGUGGUUCCGAUCGCAGUGCGACCCCUACAACGACGAGACACUACCGGAAGCACCGCGAGACUUGGUGUUGGAACUAGCUCGACGGUACAUUUUACUGUUUGAAAUGAUCACUUGGAAGGACUUUGAUUUUGAUGCCGUCACGGGUGAAGAUGAAAUUACCAAGGCGAUUGAAGCAAGCAUCCAUUGAAAGACGAACGACCUUACCUCACGCACAUUUUUGGGGAGUGUCGAAUGCAACCCUUGGCGCUUUACAUAAAUAUGC